ACGAUGCCACGCAGGCAUUUUCAUCAGCCAAUAACAAAACGGGAGGGGCGGGCUUAGAGACGUCUACGUAGCUGAGGAAAAACAAUGGCCCAUCAGCAUCAGGGUUACCGGGCUACCAAACAGAGAGCUCGUGCAGCUCCUCCAGGAGAUCCCCUUCUUUUUGAGGACACCAGCUCUGGGGUUCCACCCAUGAACAACCAAAGCUACUAUGAAUCUGGUUAUAACAUGGGCCCCGCAUUAUCAGGUGGCCAAGGGACCGGUGGAGUGAACAACAUCUUUGCAGAUCCCAUGGCUAAUGCAGCUAUGAUGUACGGUUCCUCACUUGCAAACCAAGGGAAAGAUAUAGUAAACAAAGAGAUCAGUCGAUUUAUGUCUGUGAACAAGCUGAAGUAUUUCUUUGCCGUUGACACCAAAUACGUUAUAAAGAAGUUAAUGCUUCUCAUGUUCCCCUAUACACAUCAGGACUGGGAAGUUCGGUACCACAGGGACUCUCCACUCCCCCCUCGCCAUGAUGUCAAUGCUCCAGAUCUCUACAUACCAACAAUGGCUUUCAUCACCUAUAUUUUGCUGGCAGGAAUGGCGUUAGGAAUACAGAAACGGUUCAGCCCAGAGGUUCUUGGUUUGUGUGCAAGCACUGCUCUGGUUUGGGUCAUCAUUGAGGUUCUUGUAAUGUUGCUGAGUCUGUACCUGCUCACAGUGCAUACUGAUCUUUCAACCUUCGAUCUUGUUGCCUACAGUGGAUACAAAUAUGUUGGAAUGAUCUUCACUGUUCUUUGUGGACUUCUCUUUGGCAGUGAUGGCUACUUUGUUGCUCUCGCUUGGUGCUCUUGUGCCCUCAUGUUUUUCAUCGUCCGCUCUCUCAAGAUGAAGAUCCUUUCUUCGCUGUCUUCAGACGCAUUGGGUGCCGGAGCAAGCGCCAAACCCCGUCUCCGCUUGUACAUCACCGUGGCUUCUGCUGUCUUUCAGCCAAUCAUUAUCUACUGGCUGACAGCUCAUUUGGUCAGAUGACCAGGUGGAAAGCUUUACAUGGAGGAAAAGAACUUUAAAACAGUGUCUGUUGUUUAAAAAAAAAAAAGAUGACUCCAUAGUUUUCUUGCCAUUUCAACCUGGGAACAUGGCCUACCAGUAAUCAUAAAAUUUUGCCUGGGUUUAGGAACAUGGCAUGGGAAUAUUAUCAUUUGAAACUGUCAUCAAAGAUGAUUUCCAGGAGUUGGAUUUUACAUUUUAAGUAUUACGGAAUUAUUUUUUUCUGGCUUCUAAAUGUUAAGGAACAAAAAAAAAUCUCUUCUAUCUUUAGUUGAAUUGUUCAGUUUACCCUGUGUCUCUUUAUGCCCAGCGUGAUUUUGUGUGGUAUAUUAUAAUUCUGCUAAACACACUCUCAGCUGAGCCAAUGUGCCCUUAUUUUCUAUUUAUCUGUGCAUGAACAACAGUGCUUUUUCUUACAGUAAAAUAAAUGGUCGGAUAAA